AUGAAACAUGGCCAACACUUCCCUGUGUCCUUGGUCCUGGGACUGGUGCAGGUUUGCUUGGCCCAGGCGAAUUUUGCUCCUUAUUUCUUCGACAAUGGAGCCAGCAGCACGAAUGGAAAUAUGGCCCUUUUCAGCCUUUCUGAGGACACCCCUGUGGGCUCUCAUGUAUACACACUGAAUGGAACUGACCCAGAAGGAGAUUUUGUCACCUAUGGCAUUAGCUUUGAGUCCAGUUCAAGAAAUUUCUUUUCCAUUGAUCCAAACUUUGGAAAUAUCACAUUGAUUGAAGAGUUGGACAGAGAGAGAGAAGAUGAGAUUGAAGCAAUCAUCAGCAUCUCUGAUGGCCUGAAUAAAGUGGCAGAGAAAGUCCUGAUUCUGGUGACUGAUGCCAAUGAUGAAGCCCCCCAGUUUAUUAACACACCCUACAUCAUCCUUGUCCCUGAGGACACACCUGCAGGGAGCAGCAUUUUUAAGGUUCAAGCUGUGGACAAGGAUACCGGAUCUGGAGGAAGCAUCACCUAUUUUCUACAGAAUCUCCAUGCCAACAAGUUUGCGAUGGACCGCCACAGUGGAGUGCUGCGCAUUAGAGCAGGAGCCACGCUGGACUAUGAGAAGUCGAGGACUCAUUUCAUCACUGUCGUGGCCAAGGAUGGUGGAGGGAAGCUCCGAGGAGAUUAUGUAGUAUUCUCAGCCACCACUACUAUCACCAUUAAUGUGGAUGACGCCCAGGACACGGACCCCAUCUUUGUUGGCACACCAUAUUAUGGCUAUGUCUAUGAGGAUUCCCAUCCGGGUUCAGAGAUCCUGACAGUGGUUGCUGUAGAUGGUGAUCGAGGUAACCCUAACAUGGUCCUCUACAGCCUUGUGAAUGGGAGUGAUGACGCCUUCAGGAUCAAUGAAACCACAGGAGGCAUCUCUGUCACAGUGUCCCCCAGCCAGCUCAAGAAAGAGGUGUAUGAGCUGAAAGUACAGGUGUCAGAGGUCAGUUCCCGAGGGACCCUGGCAGCUCAGGCUUCAACUACUGUGACCAUAAGGGUAGUUGACCUCAACAAUCAUCCUCCAACAUUCUAUGGAGAGAACGGACUCCAGAAUAUGUUUGAGCUGACAAUGUAUGAGCAUCCAUCUGAGGGGGAGAUUCUUCGGGGCCUCAAGAUCACAGUCAAUGACUCUGAUCAGGGAGCAAAUGCCAAAUUCAACCUGAGGCUUGUGGGGGCUGGGGGCAUCUUCCGGGUAGUUCCCCAGACCGUCUUGAAUGAAGCACAGGUCACCAUCAUCGUGGAAAAUUCAGCUGCCAUUGACUUUGAGAAGUUCAAGUUGUUAACCUUCAAGCUUCUGGCUGUGGAAGUGAACACUCCCGAGAAAUUCAGCUCCACAGCAGACAUCCUGAUCCAUCUCCUGGACACCAAUGACAACGUCCCCAAGUUUUCCUCUGACUACUACAUUGCCCGGAUCCCAGAGAAUUCUCCAGGGGGGUCUAAUGUGGUGGCUGUCACAGCAAUGGAUCCAGACUCAGGACUAUGGGGCGAAGUCAAAUACUCUAUUUAUGGGGCAGGAGCAGAGCUAUUCCUGAUCCACCCAUCUACAGGAAUCAUCUAUACUCAGCCUUGGGCCGCUCUGGAUGCUGAGGUCACCUCCAAGUACAACUUCUAUGUGAAGGCAGAAGACACAGAGGGCAAAUACAGCCUUGCCGAAGUAUUCGUCACAGUGCUUGAUGUCAAUGACCACUCCCCAGAGUUUGAUGAAAACAUUCAGGAGAAGACGAUGGUCCUAGGAACCCCAGUAAAAAUUGAGGCUACAGACCAUGAUGCAGAGGAGCCAAACAACGUUGUAGACUAUUCCAUCAUGCAGGCAGAACCUGCCAAUGUGUUUGACAUCAACGAAAGCACGGGUGAGAUCAGGUUGAAAGCCUUUGUUCACUCGCUGGACAUCAUCCACAACAUCACCAAGAACAGAGACUGCAUCUGGUCUGUGCUGGUGCAGGCCAAGGACCGGGGCUCCCCAUCCUUCAGCACCACAGCUGUGCUAAAGAUUGACAUCCUGGAUGAGACCCUGAAUAGAGGGCCCAUGGCUGCAUUUCUGAUGCAAACUAAAGACAAUCCCAUGAAAGCCAUAGGCGUGCUGGCCGGAGUCAUAGCCAUCAUGGUGGUCAUUACCGUCUUCAUCUCCACUGCCAUGUUCUGGCGCAACAAGAAGUCCAACAAGAUUUUACCAGUCCGGCGGGUGAUCCGAAAGAGACCAAGUCCGCCAUCCCGCUCCAUCAGGGCAGAGUGGCUCAAAUUCAAGAGGUCUCAUGCAGGAGACAAGUUUGCCGUCAAGGAUGAACUGCCCAAUGAGAAUCAUAACAACAACAGCCUGAUGUUCACCCCACCUCCAACUGCACCAGCCCUUCCCCCUCCACCCGUCACCGUCCCCAAGAUCAGUACCACGGAGUGGACAGUGCCCACAGUCUCAGGUUCACUGACUCCCAAGCAUACUAGUAAGCCGAUGAAGCAAAAGGCCUCCGACAGACCUGUCCAGUCUGCCCUCGUUUCUGAGCUCAAGAAGAAGUUUGAAAAGAAGGCUGCAGACAACAAGCCUUACGUCUGAGAAACCUACUGUGGCCACUCUCAAGCCUGUCACCCCACUAUCCUUGUCCUUGACAAUUUAGAAUAUGCUGAAAACAAUUCAGAUGGCGCAGUCACUCACUUUUUUGUACAAGUAUUUACUGCUGAUUUGCAUGGAUUCUCUGCCAAUCUCCUUUUCCGUUUUGCAGUGGGAAUCAUUUCUUCAGUGACCUCCUAGAAUGUAGGUGCUAAUCACUAGAUCAUAGUCUGACCACAUGCACUACUUCUCUCCCCCGAAACUUUACCAAAUGUCCCACUGAAACAAAGUGUUCAUUUGCUGACUGGUGUUCAAGUUGCCAUUGAAUGGGGCUUCAUAGGUCUUCUUGUUCCUACCCCCAUCCCUGGAAAAACAUAAGCUCUUUUAGCUAUUAUUUCUGACCAGCCUGACCCAAAAGAUCUUCAAUUUAUGAACAGGACUCCUGCCAGAUGUGGGGAGACAUCUGUAAUGUGAUGCCAUCUCAGGCUGUUAUCACCAAAUUAGCUUCCAAAUGCUGGAAAUUCUUUGAUAAAGGAGGUGGAGAAGGGUAGUAAUAAUGUUUGGUCUUGACUUAAGUAAAGCAACUUCAAAAGAGGUAUUUUGAGAGCUGUUAGGAAAAUAGACACAAUGGGAGGUUAAAGGUGAGCUGAAAAUGCUCAUUAAACCAUACAGUUAAAGGAGAAGGGGGAAAUAUGUUUUCUAUGUCUUUAAGUUGAAAAAUUGAUAGAUUAUGCUCUCAUCCUCAUGAUGAAACUGUACCUUCAUGGUUUGGAAUAGAGAAGACAUUAACUGAAUUUUCCCAUUGGUGGAAGCAGAUACUUAAUACUUACUUAUCCAAGCCCACUAGGGGAAGGGCACAUUAGUGCCUGGGGAUGAUCCAGGAACUACAAAUGUCGCCCAAGUUCAAAUUCAACAGACUGAACCCUAUACAUCUGCAUAUACUGCAUCUCUAUACAUACCCACAAGUAUUCUAAGCAUUUCCUCUCUCCAUGGAACUGUCCUGGGGUGGUAGUUUUUAAAGAGGCAGUAAGGUAUGGUAGAAGCAACAUUGGACUAAGCCUUAGGAGACCUGGGUUCUAGUCCUGAUUCUGAUAAUAUUCUGGUGAAUGUUCUUGAUCCUGCCAUGUGACAGAUCACUUAACUGCUCUAUAUUUCAAUGAAUUUAGAAAAAGAGGUCAGUAAUUUCUGCCCAGCCUAACUCACAGAAUUAUGAGGACCAAAUGAGUUACUAAUGAAUGGGAAUGUGCUUUGAAAGCUACAAGGCAUUCUGCCUUGUGGCGACAAAAGGUGACAAAAAUAGUCGUCUGCGAUUUAAAAGAGCUGUAUUUGAACCCUGGGUCUGUUACUAGCUGCACUACCCGAAGCAAGGUAGUUAUCCUCUGAUCCUCAAUUUUCUCAUCUGUACAAUAGGGAUACACCUUGCAUUACUUGUUUCACAGGGUUGUUGAGAGGAAAGUGUUUUGUAAACCUGAAAGUAUCAUAUAAAUGAGAACGAUCAUUAUUAUUAAGACUUGUUCAUUGGAACACAGUUGUUCCACAAAGUAUUGGGUGUCUCUUGCUGCUCAUGAGUGCUGCAGAGUCACAACAUUUGUGUGAAGUCAAGUUUGUUUGGUUUUUUCUCAGUGGGGUCACUCUCUUAUACAACACUGCUGUUUAGCCUGUCACUUAUGUCAGUGUUAUACAAGGGAACAGCCAGGGAAGCAAUGGAAAUUUUAGUCCUAUCAGACACCCCUUCUCUGUUGCUUUCAGAUGGCUGUAUCCAUAGAAAUCAAAGAACAUUAGAGGCACACUGUGUCUUACAAAUCAUCUAGUUUAAUAGUGUCAUUCUCUUUAUCAGGAAAUUGAAGCCUAGAGAUACGAAAUGACAGUUCAGAGUCACAUAAGAUUAGUUAAUGGCAGAUCGAACAUAGGAAUUCAGGUCUCUGGAGUCUUGGCUUUUUCCACAACAUUACAUAUAAAACUCAGCUUGAGCAUAAAUCGUAAGGGUUUGAUAAUCCCUUCCCUAAGAGAUAGGGAAAGAGGGUAUCUAUGUCCUAUAUAGGUGGGACCUGUUUUCUGCAAGUCUAUUCUAAAGAAAGCCAGGAAUACGUAAAAAGAGAAACGGAGGACAGUUCCUUGCAUACUUUGGGCAGUCAGCACCCACUCCAUUUCAGAUGAUUUUAUUUAUUAAAAUUUGGUAUACACAUAACUUUUCUUUGGGCAAGUGGGUUUAUCCAAUGUGUUCCAUUAACAACUUGAAACACAGAUAUGCCAUGUGAUCCCUAGGCUCCAUAUUGGGUUUUUCUUCAAAUGCAUGGCCCUGCCAUUAUUUAAGGUCAAGAAUUAUAGCUAACAAUUUGGGAACAGAGGAAAGACCAGCAGAUCAAAUGAAAUAACCAGAAGGAUAGAGUGAAAGUCCAACAAAAUAUUAGGGUGGGGUAGUUUUGUUCUAUACCAUGGAUGUUUGGGGACUUUUUUUCAUUGAACAUUAUCAUUCCUACCAGUUGUAUUGUAUUUCAUUUUUGUAAUUAUGAAUAAAAACCUUUAAAUUG